AUGUUGAAGCUCAUCCCGCUGACAAAACACGCUCGGUUUAAGAUUAGAAGAAGACCUCAUGUUGGUGCCUUCUUUAAAUCCUUAAUCAUCUCCUCACCUUCUUCCCCGUAUUCUUCUUCUUCCGCUAAUGAAUAUCAGAAUGAUAUGGUGAGUAGAGACGCAGCAACCAUUCUCAACUCCAACGAUCAUAAACAAGCCCUUCAAAUUUUCAAUUCCGCUUUAAAACGCUACCCAAUAAUUUCUGCAACCAACAGUCUUCCUCACCUCUAUUCAGCUAUCAUCAAUGUUUUAACAUGUGCCGGAAGGUACAAGCCUGCCAGGUGCUUGAUCAAAGACCUCAUCCAAACCCUCCGCCAUCCAUCCUGCAAAUUCGAAAACCAUGUUGCUUCUUUAGUUUUCAAUGCUCUUAAUGAUUUGCAAAGCUCUGAAAAAUUCAAUCCUGAGGUGUUUGGAGGGCUCAUUAUUGCAUUUUGCGAGAUGGGUCUUGUUGAUGAAGCCUUGUGGGUGUAUCAAAAGAUUGUUAAAGUAAUGCCCCCUUCAGUGCAAGCUUGUAAUACACUAUUAAAUAGCUUGGCUAAGAAGCGUCGGUUUGGUUCCAUGUGGGACCUAUACAAGGACAUGGUUUCGUGCAAGGUAUUGGUUUCUAAUGAUGUCACUUACGCUGUAUUGGUUGGUGCUUGUUGUAGCCAAGGUGAUGUUUCAAAAGCUAAGAGUUUGAUUUUUGAUGAGAUGGUCAAGGAGAAGGGGAUUCAACCAAGCGUUGUUAUCUACAAUACUCUUAUCCGUGGUUUUUGCAGUGAGAGUAAAUUGUCAGAAGCAGAAGCUCUGUUUCAACAGAUGCGGGAAUCUGGGUUUUUGCCUGAUUUGUAUACUUAUAAUAUUCUGAUAGAUGGUUACUGCAAAAUGGCAAACGUCAAGCACGCACUUCACUUGUAUCAGGGCUUGCUUGGUCGCGGUCUGCAGCCAAGUGUUGUUACUUUUGGUAUCUUAAUAGAAGCACUUUGCAAAGUGGGAGAAUUAUUAGCAGCAAGGAGUUUGUUCGUUCACAUGGCUAAGUUUGGUGUUUGUCCUGAUUUAAUUGUGUAUAAUCGUCUCAUUGAUGGCCACUGUAAUUCAGGGAAUCUAUCUGAAGCCAUGCAUUUGUUUUUGGAGAUGGUGAAGUUCAAAAUUUCACCUGAUAUUUCUACAUAUAAUAUGUUUAUGAAGGGUUUUUGUGGUAUGGGUAGAACAGAAGACGCAGAUGUGUUACUGAAAAGAAUGAACAGUGAAAGGGUUAUUGCAAACUCUGUAACAUACAAUUCCCUAAUCAAUGGAUACUGUAAGGAAGGAAAUAUGGAAAGGGCUCUGGAGGUGUUUUCUCAAAUGACCGAAAAGGGUGUAAAGCCAGAUGUCAUCACCUUUUCUACAUUGAUUGGUGGUUAUUGCAAGGCAGGGAACAUGCUACUUGCUUCAAGUUUACACUCGGAAAUGGUAAUCAAAAGUAUUGUGCCUAAUGUGGUUGUAUUCACAGCUUUGAUUGAUGGGCACUGUAAAAAUGGUAACAUGAAAGAGGCCCUUCGGCUGCAUAAGGAGAUGCUGGAGACGGGGCUUAACCCCAACGUUUUCACAGUCAAUUGUUUAAUUAAUGGCUUUUGCAAAGAUGGGAGGACUUCUGAUGCUAUCAAUUUUUUUUUGGAGAACACUAGAGAUGGGCUCACUGGAAAUCAAAUAAAUGAAAUGAAUGGCAGUUUUUGUACUCCCGAUCAUGUAGCGUACACAUCUAUAAUUCAAGCCUUGUGCAGGGAUGGGCAAAUUUUCGAAGCUACCUAG